AAAAUUGUUAAAUAAUCGUCUUUUAGGCUGCAGACAUAUAAACAUCCCGCAUUGUGUCUCUGGACAACAACUAUGCGGGGGAUCCCCUAAUGGCAUCAUGUGUACUCAGUGCGAGCCUGGAUAUCAUUCAGGAGGAUAUAACCAAGGCUGCAUAGAUACUGAUGAAUGCGCUGCGGGAACGUCAGGCUGUGCGCAACAAUGUACUAACACCCAAGGGUCAUACGUAUGCAGUUGCUUGCCAGGAUAUUGGUUAUGGACAGACAAACAUACCUGCAAUUAUGACAACUGCACGUUCGAAUCUGAUUCCACGUGUGCAUGGACUGACGUCACUUCCGGUGAUGAUUUUGACUGGACACUAACUUAUGGUGCACGGGGUAAAUACAUGUACAUCGGGACUAGCGGUUCUAGAAAAGUAGGCGAAACAGCUUGGCUGACAAGCCCUAUGCUUCGUCCUGCGGCCUUCACGGAAAGAUGCCUUAUGUUCGGGUACAACAUGAACGGGCCAUCCAUUGGGUUAUUGAGCGUGUACAUGACUGCGCAUGGUGAGAAACCCGGAUCUUUACUGUGGAGAAUGUCUGGUGACCAGGGGCAGGAAUGGAAAGGUGCUUCAGUAAACCUGAGCUCUCUGGAGCAGUAUCAGGUCAUUAUUGAGGCGGUAGUUGGCAACAGCUAUUUCGGAGACAUUGCCAUUGAUGACGUUGCGAUUCUCCCGAGAGCUUGUCAGCAGGAGAAGGGAUUGCUGAUUGGCUGAGAGUCAUGAGUUUGAAUCGUUAACGAACAAUCCUUUUAAUAUGUCAUUCAUUCGUUUUGUUUUUGUUUUAUAUAUAUCCGAAACAUAUUUAUGAAAGCAUAUAGCACGGAAACUAAAUACAUAAUUAUUGUUGUAUUACCUUGCUUAAAUGUAUUGCAUGAUGUAUGCUUCAACUGCACUUGUGCAAAUCUUUUGGGAAUUAACGCUUACAAGAACCAAUAAUUGAGGAGUAAUUGAAAAUGCCAGAACUCGGAUGUUAUAUGGACGAGUUUUGUCCAAGACUUUAAAGAUCAUACUAAGUUGUAUGCCUUACAGUACUGUAUCAUACGUUAUUUGACUAGCCAUUGUAACAUGUCCAUAUACUUGCGUGCGACAAUUUAUAUUAUAUAUAUCUGACGUGACCAGUCCGUUCACCCUUGAGUCGAGCUAAACAUAAAACACAUGAUAACCAAAUUUGAACAAUGAGAAGCUUUAAUGUGCAAGCCUUUCAUCGGUUUCCACUGGAAACGUAUGGGGUAAAACUGGAAACGUACUAAAACAGUAGGAUUAACAGGCAUUAAAUACAUAUCUUUUUAUCUUUGAUAUUAAUAUCUUAUUUUUACUGAGCAUCAUUCGUUAUGAAUUAGGACCAAUACUAUAAAUCUGAAUGACGUUUUAUGACCAGAAUUGAAUCAGUUUAAAGCCACAAUUCCUCAUCAGACGGUCUAUAGUUGAACCAGUUACACUAACCUUAAUGUUCUAUUUAAAGCGAGUAUGCACGAUUUUGUCAAAUAUUUAUGAAUGUAUAUAAAAUGUAUAAACAACUUAUUAAACAUAUAUAUUUCAAUAUAAAUUAAAUUUAAAGUUAAGAAGAAAAUGUGUCGAAAAAUGCGAAAUGAGUCAGAUAUUAAAUUCUUAAAUAAAAAAUGUCUGUACAGUCGAAUUCGCCAUCAUGUAUAUCAUGCAUGUACGAUGUGAAUCUUAAUUUAGUUGUACCGAUUAUUUUAACUUCCUGCAACGAUAUCUAUUCAUACGACACAAGAACACUAACUCCGAUCCUAAUAAAAUGACGAAUGUUGCGGUUAUUGUAGGAAAAUAUGUACGAAAUAUUUUCGUCAUAAUCAGCUCGGGGCGCUAAUUUGUCUUUGGUGCAUUUUAUGAAAUUCGUCUUCAUUUUAUUUUUUUUCUUGCCAAUCUUGUGUUAUUGUAGCAUAUAUUUUAUCAAUAUAUUUUGCAAUUUAACACAAACAAUCGUGCAUACUUGCUUUAACUUAAUAAUCGGUUGUCGUUUAUGUCGAUAAUUCAAACUUAUUGAAACUCAUUGUGAAUGCCUUUUUAUAGCAUUGCGUGUAGCUACUACAUUGUUUGAUAUAACGAAAAAUAUAAAUUACAUACGUGUAAAUAGCUGAUAUAAAAGUUGUGAUUUCAACGGGUUUAACUUCCGAGUCCGUUGGGUGCAAAAUCGAUCGCACUAACCAUUUGGCCAGUCAUACAGUAAAGACACAGGGUCGUCUCUUACAUAAUCAAUUCCAGUAUUUUGCACUUUUCCGUAUUGCCCGACUUACGAGUCUUCUGGGUACGAUGAUACGAAAUAUUUCUGGUGACAUGGUCAGUGAACUCGAUACAAAAUUACUCAAAUGAAUCCAUCAUAUUCAAAUAUAAUAUGGUAUCGAAUUGAAGGAAUUUCAAGUGUUACCCUUCAUUUUUUACUAUGAUCGGCGAUCAGGUGUUUCGAUCCGUACAUAUUGAUUUCUUAUCUUCUUUCAUCAUUUUAUUUUCGAGUGUAUGGAAUCCUCAAGCAGAGGUUAAUGCAAUUAAACCACUAUAUGUUACACACACUUUAAAAACAUGUAAAUGUGUCCUGAUUGUGUAACUUUCAAAUUAUAGCAUAAUGUUGUUAAUUUAAUAGCACCGUGGACAGUUGAACAGGUGGUUAUACAAUACAUGAACUAAUGAAUUUUAACAUAUCCUCAUAUUGAAUUAUUAACUAUGACAAACUAAUUAUUUUUGUUCCUGAUUCGGCAAGAAAGAUGCAAUUUAUAAACCAACUUACACUGUGCAAUCCAAGUCCGACGAAAAAGAAGAUUACACAAUAAAAAAGAUCUCAAAGUGAUAAUUAUUGAAUAACAUGUCUUUUUCUUGGCAAAUUGUUAAAUUAUAAUUAUUCUAGGAUGCCCAACAACGAAUGCUCACUAUGUGAUAAUAAAUUGUGCGAACAUUAAAUCGGACUAAAUCGUUAUCCUUAUUGUCUGGUAGGUUCUAUGUGUUAAUGACGUGUAUUUACCGGUUACAUAUUUGUGUACAUAAAUUUCUUUGUAACGUUCAUGACUUACUGAAAAUAUCAUUUUAAAUAACUCUUUAAUAAACUCUUCUAACCUGACCAACAAACAGGAACUGAAAAUGUAUUGUAGGGCAUUAAUUUGCGAGCACUGAAUAUUAAAUCACGGCGUAAUUGUCAGUACAAUCUACGGAUUCCACGCAUAAGAAAAUGCAUACUGUUUGUACAAAUUUAAGUUCUUUCCAUUGCAAAAAAGGACAUCCGGUAAUAAAGCAGCAUUUUAAUUGUCGCUUUUAUAUCUGGCAGGAAGGCAUAUGAUUCCCCUCAAUUGAACCAGCUUCCAGAAGGGAAAGGAAAACGGCAAUGAAAGAAAUGUCCCAACGGUUGCAUUUAACGUUUACAUGCGGUAACUACUGCUUUUAAUAUUGCUCUGUUGUAUUACUAUUUAUUGCAAUAUAAUGUAUACGAACUUGAUCGAUUGCUUUUACUAAGACCCUGUUGCUUUUGAUUUAUUUGCGAAAUACAUUUUACUACUAAACAAUAGGUGAUUAUCUUGUUAAAUAUGUUUAAUACAGGUUAUAAAAAGGUCAUUUUCGAAUAUAACUGUAAAAUAACACAGCUCAACGUGUACUCAUGAUCAAAUAUAUGUUUGACAGUUAUACAGCCUGAAUGCCCCUACAAUACAAAUCUAUUAAUAUAUGAAGCAAGUCUGAAACUUUAGCAGGUCAGUUUAAAGGUGUGAAUACUAAUUCCGGCUAUAUUUAUCUGUUACAUGGUUUAGCCUUAAUGGUCUUGAGCACAAACAGUUAAAAUGAUUUUGGUACAUUUUUGGUCGCGGAUCGUAAAAUCCACUGUUUUUAUGUAAACGAUACAGUUCAGAUGUUUUGAAUUACAUUUAAGUUAUCAUAUCUGCUAUUUGUCGUUCAUCUACUAUCGUACAGCCGUGUCGAUUAGAGGCAUGACAUUGUUUAAACGAAUUAUGAAUAACUAUCGAAUAUCCAUAUUUAAAAAAAACACGAAUUGAUUGAAAGUCUCUUUUGGGCAAACAUCAUGCCCUUGCGGGAAACGUGUACAGUGUAUAAGGAGAAAUAUAUAGUAGACAUGGGUGAUGCAAUAUAGGUUCUUUUCCUUAUUUUGUAGAAAUUGAAUUUCAUGUAAAUCCGCUUAAAUAUUACUGAUCAUAUAGCUAUGAGAAUUAGCAUUGUCCGAACAGAAAUAGACAUAGCUAAAGUGACCAUAGAGAUGAGAACAUGACGUCGGAUAUUUCGAGAAUUUCUCGAAAAAAGGUAAAACUUAUACAAAUGGAUAAACAAUUAUAUCAGUUGUGCUAUUAGAUUAUUCCAUUAUGCAGGAGAUUAGUGUAUGCAGCAAAUUAGGUGCGUUCAUGCAUGCACAACUAAUUUGUACAUAUUUGAUCAAAUGACCUGGUUACUAUGCUCCUUUUUAAAACAUGACCGCAUUAUUUGAUCUGGACAUUAUUUGCUGAUGUUGAUGUCUGUGUUAAUGAUUAUACACAUUUGUGUACAUUCGUGGUAAUGUUGUUAGACUUUUCUGUAUUUUAUAUUGUGUUAGUUUCAAUGCAAACUAUUAUUAGCUUUUUUGUUCCUCGCGUACAUCGUUGUAGUGAAGUGUGGUAUUUUAUAAUAUUCAGUGAUAUAGGAGUACUAUUGAACUUUUAUUGAUACAGAUAAAUAAAUAAUAUGAAGAACAUAAACAAUUAAAAUUUAAUUAUCAGAAAUGCAACUUAUUUGCUACAACUAUUUAUUAGUUUUAAAAAUUAAAAUUAUAUAUACAUAUAGUUCAUACUGUUUUAUUAAAAAAUUAUAGUCUUAUUUUUUAAUAUGAAUGUAGUUUUCUGCCACAGUAUGAACAUUUGCAUUUGUAAACAAUGAUAUUGACAUUACUUUUGUUGAGUUUAUGUGUAUACGCAUAGUUCAGUCGUGGUUGUAAAUGGUAUGGGACCUUAAAAAGAAUUUAACAACACUUGUAAACCCUGGAUCGUAGGCAUACACUUUUACGAAGCAGGGUAAUUAAAAGGGAAAUGUUGUUGUAUAUGUUCAAUUUUAUGUGUUUAUAUGUCAUUAUAAUAAUUGUACAUUCACUUCGUUUAUAACAACUCAUCGUAUGUAUGUACUAUCUAUGUGUGAAAAUGUAUGGUUGAAAAUCAUUUAGGAAUUAUAAAAUUGAACAUAA